AUGUACUGGAAAAAUGAAGCGCUAUCCCCUCUCUCAGAGGGAGAUAAGAUUAUGUCCGAUGGGAUUCCCACAAAGCAGGUGAUCUGCAGCGAGCACCCGGGCACCCCGAGAGACACGCGCCGCUUCUCGGACCCCCAGCACGCGCCGAUGUCGGACACAGAAUCGCAGCGGUCAAACAUGGAGCGGGAGGACAUGCGCUCAUCCCCCAGUUCACCGUCCACUCCGUCGGUAUGUUCGCCCAUCUCCACUGCCUCAUCCACGGGGAAGAAUGUGUGCUCCAGCUGCGGCCUGGAGAUCCUCGACCGAUACCUGCUCAAGGUGAAUAACCUCAUUUGGCACGUGCGCUGCCUCCAGUGCUCCGUGUGCAGGACGUCGCUGCGCCAACACAGCAGCUGCUACAUCAAGAACAAGGAGAUCUUCUGUAAAAUGGAUUAUUUCAGUAGGUUUGGUACUAAAUGUGCCCGCUGUGGCCGUCAGAUCUAUGCCAGCGACUGGGUGCGGCGUGCACGAGGUAAUGCGUACCACUUGGCCUGUUUCGCCUGUUAUUCGUGUAAGAGGCAGCUUUCCACCGGAGAGGAGUUCGGUCUGGUGGAGGACAAGGUGCUGUGCCGGAUCCACUACGACACCAUGGUGGAGAACCUCAAGAGAGCAGCAGAAAGCGGCAAUGGUAUAACGUUAGAAGGAGCAGUUCCAACAGAACAAGACAACCAGCCCAAACCAGCUAAAAGGGCGCGGACAUCUUUCACAGCAGAACAGCUACAGAUUAUGCAGGCACAGUUUGCUCAAGACAACAAUCCUGAUGCCCAAACGUUACAGAAGCUGGCAGACAUGACCGGCCUCAGCAGAAGAGUCAUACAGGUGUGGUUUCAAAACUGCAGAGCAAGGCAUAAAAAGCACACGCCCCAGCACAGCGGCGCACCCCAAGGACACCUCCAAUCACGGGUUCCCUCCUCUCUGCCAGACGAACUGCACUACUCACCUUUCGGGGGCUCAGAGCGCGCACGCAUGGUUGCUCUUCACGGGUACAUUGACAGUCAUCCCUUCUCCGUGUUAACAUCUCAGAGUCUUUCGCAUCAGGCCAUGUCACUGCCACAACUUCCUCUCAGCCGCUAG